UCCCUGCUUACACCGCCUUUCCUCGCCGAUCCCCUCAGGGGCGGAGGCGGCGGGGCCGGCCGGCCCGGCGGCGGCUCUCAGUGCGCAGGCACGGUGCGAGCGGCGCUCCGGGCCGUGCAUAAUACGUGGUGAUCGGGGCCGGCGCGACGCAGAACGGAGAUGGGACCGGGCCGAGAGAGCCGCAGCUAGCGCCGCUGCGGUUGCUCAGCCGGCCGAGGGGAGCGGCGGGAGGGACAGGCAGGAAGGAUGAGCUCCUAUGCUGACAUCUGCGGGUCCAAGCAUGCGCAGGGCAGCACCGAGGGAGGUUACCAACGCUAUGGAGUUCGGUCCUACCUGCAUCAGUUUUAUGAGGACUGCACAGCUUCAAUUUGGGAGUACGAGGAUGAUUUUCAGAUCCAGAGAUCGCCUAGCAGGUGGAGCUCUGCAUUCUGGAAGGUCGGACUCGUCUCUGGGACGGCUUUCAUGCUGAUUGGUUUAAUGGUUCUUGUCGUGGGUUUUCUUGUGCCACCGAAAAUCGAAGCUCUUGGGAAAGAUGAUUUUGUUGUAGUGGAUACCCGUGCCAUUCAGUUCAAUGGGUCCCUUGAUAUAUGCAAGCUGUCAGGAGCAAUUCUGUUUUGCAUUGGAGGAACCGCCAUGGCAGCAUGUCUGCUGAUGGCUGCUUUUGCUAAAAGUUACUCCAAAGAAGAAAAGUACCUCCAGCAAAGAUUUAAAGAGAGGAUAGCAGAUAUAAAAGCCCAUGCAAACCCAGUCACAAAAGCGCCAGCACCAGGAGAAUCAAAGAUACCUGUCACUUUGUCCAAAGUUCAAAACGUCCAACCUUCAUCUCAAACCUGACCCUUUGGUUUUGUUUCUCCCUUUGCAGAUCACUUCACUGGAAAAAUAUCAGCUGUUGUUAUGUAUGACAUAUGUGCUAGUCAGUUACAAUAUCAAAUGUUCUGCUAUACAAAAGCACAGCUGAUUGGGAAGCUGUUCCAAUAUAAAUUUAGGAUUGGAAAAAGUGAAAUUGUGUGAUUGGACCCGUAACCAAUGUAUUCAGUGUAUUCAAACAUUUUAAUCUGUGUUGAAACAGUAAGACCUUGCAACAAUGAUUAGGUAUUUUGCUUCCCUAAAAAAACAUAGAAGGUGCAGUUAUGACAGCUAUGCCAGGAAUACCCUCCAUCCCGCUCCUUAACAUUUAGAUGAGUUGGUGUUCUACUUUGUUUUCUCUUUGUCUUUAAAGUACGUUUACUGCCUAGCUCUGCUAUCCAGAAAGCCAAGACUCUGCCCUUGUAAUUUGCACUUGUCAUCCUGUCACGUGCUGCUGUCUGUGUUGAAGUAAUAACGCACAGGUGUAACAUGCAAUGGCAUUGGGGUGCCCUUAGUUGGAGACUGGCACACUUCCCAGUAAUGUUACUUUCUGGGAGAGGCAAAUUAUACUUGAUCCAGAGUUCCAACUAGUCUGUGAGAACUGCCACUUUUCUCUCAAUCAUCGCCCUAUUAUAUACAUACAAAAUACAAGGCAAAGAUGAGGAAUUCUUAUGGAAGGAGGGGCACCGUUCUUGUGUUCCUUUGGAUUGGUAUUGUUUCUUUCCUUACAUUGUAUUGUUUGAAGCUCAUACAGAUUUUCAGUUGUGGCCAGGCAUGGAUUACUAGGUGUGGUCUGACAUGCCCAGGCCCCGUUUUCUGUCAGGACAUUAAUGCCAGGUCAAAUGACCUUAACAUACUUAUCUGAAGACAUUUUAAAAUGCUGUUUAUAUUUUUAUAGAUUAUAGAGAAAGUUAUGCUUACCAGACAGAUACGUUUGUGUAAAUGCUUACCUGAAGACUUGUUCUUUCUCCAGAGGCCCUUCAUUAUUAUUUUCUCACCCAGGGCAAUUAUUUCACUGUCUUAAUCUAUGGAUUUGAAUUCAGCUGUAUAAAGGAAGAUGUGACAUUUGUACUCUCUGACGAUAUGUGCCACCUUAUAGUUCUGUCUAUUUUUUUGAAUGGAUUGAAUAAAAUUCUAGGCCUGAGCCAAUCCCA